CCUAUCGCCGACCGGCGAUCCGAUAGCUAAAUUCCAGCUAUUGUGGAUUAGACAACGUUGCAAGCAUUCGUCGCCAUUUCUUGAUGUGUUGACUGCGUUUUGUCGUUCGUGUGUUUGAAGGAAUAUUAAAAGCAACAAAUUCUGGGUUUCUCAAGUCAAAUAACAUGCAGAAACUAGAAACGGCGAGUUCGGAAAAACUAACUAAGGAGAGUUCUCCUGUUUCAAAUGCUGUCUCUACGCCUUCCAUAUCUACACCCCAAAAUUCUGUCAAUGGUACUGCUGCCUCUGUGGGAAAUAAUAGUGGAAGAGGAAAACGUGGAAGUGGUAGGGGUGGCAUAGGAAGAGGGGGACAAUCAGGGAGAAACAAUCAAGGAAAUGGGAAAAAUGGUAACAACGUUGGCCGGUUUCAGCGUAAUACAAAUCAAGUUGGUCAAAGCCAUGGUGAGAAAAAAUGGGAAGAUAAUUCACAUGGUAAUGGGCAUCAAAAACUGUCAGAGGAUCGCCAAUUACUAGAGAAACUUGCGUCACUGUCCAAUUCUACUGCUGAUCUACCAAUCAGAUCCUUUACAGAAACUAAAUUUUCAGGCCGCAGCCGUCUGUAUGUUGGAAACCUUGGAAAUGAUAUAGUGGAGCAGGAUUUAAAGGAACACUUUUCUGCAUAUGGAGAAAUUGCAGAAGUCUUCCUCAAUAAGGAAAAGGGAUUUGCUUUUGUCAGGCUGGAUUACCGUUCCAAUUCAGAAAAGGCAAAACGAGAAUUGGAUGGGAAAGUUUUGAAAGGUCGUACGUUGCGCGUUCGCUCUGCUCCACAUAGCGCCGCUAUUCGUGUGAAAAAUUUGUCUCCCUUCGUAACAAAUGAAUUAUUGGAAAAAGCCUUUUCCAUAUUCGGAGAUAUUGAAAGAGCUAUAGUGGUUGCUAAUGAGCGUGGACAAUCAACGAACGAAGGUGUUGUUGAAUUUGUGCGCAAACCAGGAGCCCAGGCUGCAAUUCGGCGUUGCACCGAUGGCUGUUUUUUCCUAACUUCGUCAUUACGUCCCGUUGUAGUAGAACCAAUGGAACAAUUAGACGAUGAAGAUGGAUUUUCAGAACGCGCAUUUGCUAAAAAAACUCCGGAGUUUACUAAAGAACGCGAAACGGGGCCAAGGUUUGCUGAACCUAAUAGCUUCCAGUUUACUUACGGUCAACGCUGGAAGCAAUUGUUGGAACUGUAUAAGCAAAAAAUGGAUGCUGUUGAGCGGGAAUUGAAAAUCGAAGAAGAUAAGUUGGUGUCCCAGAUGGAAUAUGCUCGAUAUGAACAUGAAACCGAACUGCUUCGUGAACAACUCAGACUACGUGAGCAGGAUCGCGAGAGACAAAAACGUGACUGGGAAUUGAAAGAACGCCAACACGAAGAAUCCAGGUUACGAGAGGAGGAAACUCUUCGUCGACAACAGGAUGAAAUGCAGCAUCGAUUGCGCCAGCAGGAAGACGAAAUGCGUCGGCGUCAACAAGAAAACAACAUGUUCAUGCAAGAGCAAAACACAGAUGGAACUCCUCCAGAUUUUCGUCGACCUCUCCAACCUCCCACAUUUGAUCGGCCAAUGAUGGGUGGUAAUGGACCUCAUAAUCUCAUGGAUCUGCAAAUGGAAAAUAAGCCGUUCCACAACUCCUUUGAACAGCGGCCUUUGGAGCCGCCACCGAUGUUUAACAACAUGCCCAUUGGGGGUCGUAUGGAUGGUCCCAACAACAACAUGGGAAACAUGCCACCCCGCGGGCCACCUCACGGAGUUUCUGCUCCGAGGUGGGGCCGACCCAACGAACGCGAUCGUGAGGAUUUUCUGGUAAAACGUCGCCGUUUCUGAGAGAUUGGUUAUACUAUACUCUCCUGACUUACUUUCAGCCUAUUCUUGAAAGGCAUCAAAACAAAUCUCGUGCAAAUCUUAAAAAAAAAAAAAAAAAAAAAAGACAAGAAAAAAAACCACGAAAACAAACAUUUUUAAAAAUCAUUGUGUUCCUUUUUCUUUAUUUUUUUACGACAUUAAAUCUCUGCUUGAAUUAGUUCCGUUUCUCAGGUUAAAUCUGAGACAAGCUAUUGUCUUUUUCUUUUCUUUUUUUCUCUCCCUCUCUCUCUUUCUCGUUUUCCCUCCUUUUUUUUCUGUUUUUUUUUUUCCUUUUUUUUGUUUGAUUAUUGCCUUUUUUGUAAGUCGUUCGACUCUUGGUGUUUUGAUUUCUUAAUUGUCCUCACUUAUAUCUGCCAUCCCAACCAAUCCAAACUAAUUUUUAAAACAUGACUUUGAUUGGUUUUGUUGGUAAAAUGUGUACUACACACAAAAUCGAUGACCUGUCGAAGAUCAUCUUUCUUGUGUGCUUCUUCUUUCAAAAAUAUAAAAAAAAAAAAAAAAAAAAUCUUUUUACAAACAAAUUUUUACGCCAAUGGCAUAAAGGUGUUAUACGGGGGAUUGACAACUCAAAGACGAAAAUUACGACACUUAAAAUUUUUCCUCACCUAUGGUGAUUUCAUCAAGCGUACGAGAUUAAACCUCUUAUGAUUGAUAUUUCCAACAUCUUGUAACGGUUGCCAACCCCAUGGCUUCAUGUAUUAGACAUUUGUGUAUGACUAAUGUCUAUGCGCAGAAAUUGUUCUUUUUAGCAAAUAUCAGAAGCCCUUCUAAAAAAAAUGUGUUUGCAAGUGGCUAAGCUGCUUUUAAAAAUCUUUUUGUCCUGCUCGUACUUUGGCUUCGACCAGAUAACGCCACCCUUUGAUUUUAUACGUAGGUUACCUUGAUCACACCAUAGGAUUUAAAGCUUCACAGUGAAGAAAAGCACUGAAUGCUCAUGUCUUCCUCAAAUGACGUCAGUUGCACAUCAGCUUGCAGAUGAACUGUAUCCUAUUGGAAUGUCAUUUGAGGUUUUUUAAUUACUUCUAACCUGUUUAUCGGUCUCCGUUUUUUUUUUCUUCCCUUUAUUUCACUCCCGCUUGUCAGUCUUUGGGCAUUUUUCUGUUUACUUCACACCCCUGAAUUUUGUGUUGGGGGUAGCUAUAUCCAUUUGUUGGCAUUGGAUGGAAAGACACUUCAGUGCUAAUCAAAGCACUUGAUGUGUGCUAGUGAAAAAAUGUUUUACUUAUUCAACGCCAUAAAAAAAAAAAAUAGAAAUCUGGUCAUUUGAGACAUGUAAAAAUGUCAUCUUUUCAACAAAAAAAGUCUAAUUUAAGAUUCUGAAUUCUUGAGAGAUUGGCAUUUUCAAAACUGACUGAUUUUUGCAACAGUUGCCGACCCCAGAUGAUUGCCAUUACUUAUGUUGAACGCUAAAGUUUCUUGCAAGCCAUAAGACAGUAUUUGUUUCUCAAAUAAGGCGUUGUAUGGUGAACAUUAUCAUUCAUUCUCAGGAACGAAACUGGCUUCUUUCAGAAGGCUGGAGUUUUUUUUUUGCUUUGUUUUACCUAUGAUGUAGAAAAAAGAGCUGCACCUGGGUUCUCCAGUACAAAAUUUCCUGUACGUACAGAACGCAACUCGAUUUUGCUUAACGAACAAUUAAAAAAGGAAUAUGUUUUUCUUGCUGGAUUUUCUAUUUGAACUGAUUUGAGGAAAAUGCUUGGAUCAGGUCCAUGCAGCAGGAUUUAAAAAAUGCAUAUUCCUCCUGCAGUUUUUGCCGCUGUUUUGAUUUAGCAGAAAUGUUUCAAAGCUUGUUGUUUGUCUGUGGAACUUUUUAAACAUUGAAUUUUCAGACAAUAUCUGACAUGGAAUCUAUUAACCUGUGAAACAGUAACCACUACGACGACCUUAUUGCGUGGAAUCUGCACGAAUCGUGUAAGUUGGCGUGUUUUGAUAAGGUAGAGGACUACGAAUAAUUCUGUACGUGCAUUUAAAGAACAUUGAUAGAGAGUAAAAUAAUUUAGAGUUUAUUCUGCUAAUUUUCUGUGGUUCGUGCAAUUAACGUAACAAAGCGAAAUGUAAGUCGGAAUCGGUCGGAAUGAAUAGUAAGUAUUGGUGGAAUGGCAACUCGAGCCCUAAGUGUACGUGAUCUACAGUUUUGGCUUAAUGUCAGUAUUCUAGCCAAAAUUCAAAAUGAUUAUGAAAUCCUUUAGGAAACUUGAAAAACGGCUUAUGUUUAACCGUGGGAAAGAAAUUACGGUGUUUUUAGGUUAAACGAGUAAUUUUCUUUGUACUACGUAAACAUUCAGAUUUAAUAAAAUAAUAAUAGUAAUAAUAAAUCUUCAUAAAAUACGAAAUUCUUCAACUAAUUAUAGUAUGGUAAUAGUACGCUUAACUGAUAGCCAGUUUGCCUCACUCGAUGUUAAAUUAAUUGAAAGAUACGUAAAAGUAGCUUAAAGCAUUCAUUUGUAUCCUGACAGUAGACACCAACUAGAUAAUGGUGAACUAGGAAAACAAGUGGUCUUUAUUUGAGGCAAAAUUUCUCACAACAGUCGUAGCCUAUAAAUCGGGUGGUCUAACCAUAAUAUGCUACCAAUUUCACGUCAUAAAUAAUUUUUGAAGUAGUGUUAGCAAGGUUGGUGACAGUAUCAGGUUAUCCCAUUACAUUGACCUUUUAUAUUCACAAGAUUAAAAAAGAUGAAAUAUUGUCGUCUGGGAAAUAUUAUAGCGUCAUUGCCACUGGCGUGUUACGGUGUUAGGAAGGCCAAACUGUUGUCGACGUGGAAUAUUUUCUAGAAAUUCUGAUUGACGUGUAAUCCCGUUUAAUCUCAUAACCUCUGGACACGUAAAAUAAGAGCUCGAUAUUUGAAAUAAUAGUUAAGACAAAUUACCAUUUUUACAUGACGACGAAUUUUUAAUUUCAUUAAAAAAAUCUCCAAUAUUACUGAUGAUCACGAGGCAUAAAGUUUUUGUGGGAAAAGCGUGCUUUCAAUUUUUAGUACAAUGGCCUCAUCAUAAUGGGAAGAAACAUGGAACGUAGUUCUUCUUUUCACAAUGUACUUCGAAUCAGUUUUAUACAAUACAGAAACCGUGUGUAGUUUAGUAGCUAAAAUCACUAGCUACCAAACUGUACGUUUUGGCCAAAUUUGGUCAUAUUUUAA